UUUAAAGUUGAAAAUGAUUUCAAAAGUUGUUACUCCCUUGCUGAAACCCGCGGGUAGAAAUUAUUCCAGAGUUGUAAGCAUCAAUGGAAAAGAUUACAAAGUUCCAAUUGAUUUUCAAGAACCAGAGUAUGAUAUGGACCAUCUACAGAAUUCAUCAAAGGUCAUACUCCUUCGUCAUGCCAAUACAGUAUUUAACUUGGAACAUGAUCUGUUCUUAGCAUCCAACGGAUAUGUGAGAGAUGUCCUUGACAUCCAGUACGAAGAGAAGCAUCGAGAUACACCUCUGUCAGAAUUCGGAGUUGAGCAAGCAAAAUAUGCAUCAAGGUUUGCAAGAGGACUUGAUAUUGACUUAGUGCUUAUCAGUCCACUUAGAAGAACUCUUCAGACUGCGUACUAUUUACUAAGAACUCAUCCUAACAAAGAAAACAUGAACUACGUUGUACAUCCUGAUAUUAGAGAACAUCUUGUUGGAGUCAGUGAAAUGACUGAAAACUGGGAGAAUAAGUUCAUAGAUGAAUAUCAAUAUUACUUUCCUAAUCUAGACUCAUCCUUGAUGAGGGAUGAGUACGGUCAAUGCAAUGAACUUUUUUAUUGCAAAGAUAUGCAACCUGAGCUCAGAGUCAAGUUUAGAGGCAAGACCAGAGAUGAAAUCGAACAGCUAAUUAGAGAAUCAGCGGAGCAGCGUUUUCCAAGGACCUCAGAAUUACUAGAGUGAACCUAUGACAGAGUAAAGAGGGUGAAGAAAUAUAUUAAGAAGCAUAUAAGAAACAGAGAUGAAAGAGAUCAGCAUAAGAAGGUGUUAGUGAUUACUCAUUCACUGUUGUUAAAGGUAUGGACCGGAAGUUGGGCUGGAAUGACAAGACCUUACAAAGGCCUCCCUAAUGAUUCUUUACUGUUUAGUAACUGAGAAUUUCACCCUGAUACCAAAUCUAAGUAUGAAUAA